CAGAAACCUGUCUAACUUCUUGCUAUAGGGUCAACUUUGAAAUUCCAAAGUCGACGCACAUCCACAAGUCGAUGCUCCUCCGGGGCGUUAAGUUCCCACCACCGGCGCUGGACAAUGGGGACAUCCAUGCUGUCAAGUCCAGGGCGCAACACUCAGGCCGUUCGUUUGGCGGCGCGCCAUUCCGCGGCGGCGGCGGUCGGGGCGGUCGUAUGGAUUACGGGUCGUCCCACCGUCCAAACCCAUUUGCGGCGCAUCUUGACCCCAGCUUUGUACCCCCAUCCGCUGGAAUGUCAUCCAUGCCGGCGCCCUCGGGCUGGGCCCCCCCCGUUCCUGGUGCAGGGAACUUUUCUAGAGGACCGCCUCCGCCUCCCCGUGGAGGAUCCAACUCUUACUACCCGCCUUACGGCGGAGCACCUCAGCAAGGUUACCCACAGCAGGGGUACGGCCAACAUGACCAUUACGGCAGACAAAACCAGGGAUAUGGAAAUAGUUAUGGCCAGAACGGAAGACAGUCUGGCUACGGCGGUGGCGACUACUACAGAGGAGGCGGAGGUUACCGAGGAGACAGAGGAGGAUAUCGUGGACCGCCCCGCGGUGGACGCGAUCACUAUUCUUCUAGGGGCUCCGGUGGUGGUGGUUAUGGUCGCUAUUGAGGAUCUCUUCCAUCAACGAAGCCUUUCCAAAGAUCGGUAUCAAAACCGGGUAUGGGUACGGAACGGAGUUAGGCGGUUUAUUCCUUACUGAAAGAAAAGAGGGCCAUCCUUGGGAUAGCUGUUUAGUUUCUUGUUUAUGCAUGUAAUCUUAUGGAAAUGAAUCUGAAUCUGGCAUCUACAUAUAGUCUCAUUCUCUUUCUAUUGUAAAG